AAAAUCAUGGAGCAACAAAUUGAGCAUGAGAGCAACACCACUCGCCCGGCGAGCGUUUUGUUGACAAUGUUUGCAUAAUAAAGGCUAGCCACAGUCAUCAGUAGAUGGAAGAACACAGGAAAUUCAAGUCUUUUUUGAAUCUCAUACGUCUGGGCGUAAUUAUUAGACUACACAAGACAUACAGUAUUUGUUGUUGGUGAAGGACUUUAUUUCAACUUUUACUUUGGCAAUUGCCUUGAAAGGUAAAAUAACAAUUGCAGUGUGAAAUACCUGCCAGUAGGCUAGGCCUACAGUACUAGACUAGCCUAAGCCUACUACUACAGAGUAAGCCUGCACACCAGCUAUUGUUUGUUUGGGUUAUUCUGCCGUGCCCACGCGUUGUGUAGGCCCUACAGGGGAUACAGUACAUUAAAACUAAUUCAAAUUUGCAAAAAUCUCUAGAAGUUUAGGUGCACAGAAUUAUGGCUCUUACAACACAGAAGAGAAUUAUCUGAGGCAAAAUAUUUUCUACUGUUUUUCAUGAAGCAUGGGAAAACAAAAAAGAAAAAGAAAACUCAUUGGCAGAAAGUUCAAAUAUUGCAGAAAUGGCCUGCCUAGUCAAAGAAGACAGCUCUGUGAGCCAUCACAUGAUACAAACAUUAAGUUGGAGCCCUGGAUGGAGCACUAUGCAAGUGUUUUGAUGCCAACAUCAGCAUGUAAUGAGGUUGCCAUCUGUGACUAUAUUGGAAACUUUGAAAACUGUAAUUGUGUCGUUCAUCAUGUACGUGAUGAUGAUCAUUGUGUAAUACGGAAAAUAAUGAUACUGAUGAGUACUGGUUAGUGCUUGGCUCUGCAAUGAUAAAACUCGAAUCCGAAGAUUAUAUUGAUCAUGAGACAUAUCAGCAAUUGCGAUUGGAUUGUGAAAAGAAUGAGAAACUACUCAGUAGCAUUGGUUUUGAAGUAAUGAAGACAACAAGCAACCUCACACUCAUUCAGUUUUAUGAGAAACGGUUUUUUUCCACAAAGAUGGCUAUUAUUGUUGACAAAGAAUUUAAUAUUUUUGUUUCUGUUCAUAACAAACAUUUAUCAGAAAAUCAUCUCAUAUUUGAAAGAACAAAAACAAUUUACAUAUUUAAUGAUUUAGUGAUGUUUCUAAAGAAAUUUGAAAAAUUUGUCGUUUGCAUAGGUAAUUCUGACAUACCGUAUGAUAUGCCACAACGUAAUGCUUAUGUUGAACAUGAUCAUGGGGCAGUAUACUCGCAGACUAUUAGAGUUAAUCAGUGCACACUUCUGACAGAUCGUACAAACAGAUGCUCCUAUUGUUCGAAAUUCAGAGGCACAUUGCAAAGAGCAAAUAGAAAAAGAAAACCAUGCGAAGUUUCAUUAACUUCCAACAGGCCUAAUUCUGCCAUGACCAAAGAAUACCUAAUAGAAAAGGCUAAAAUGCUAAAGAAACAAUGUGAAAGUGUUGAAGGCAAGAACAGGCGACUACGGCAUGAGAUUGAUAGGAAAAAUAAGAACAAUGAAAUGAUAGAAGACACUAAUUGGGAUAUUUCAGGACUUGUCCAUGAGGAGUCUUCAACUCUUCAAGAAGUUUUACCAGAUCCUGAAUCAUUUCAACGGUUAUUCUGGGAAGAACAAAUAAAAUUCAACAACUUAAAGGACAAACGUCAAAUACGACGGCAUCCAUUAAUUGUUAAAUGUGAACCACAAACUUCAUAAGGUUACCCAGUGAACAAACUUCUAUAGUCAGAAACUUGAUCUUUAUAAAGAAAGUUGUAGGUAUACUAAAGGAAGAAAGGAAAAAAAAAAAAGAUUGUUUAAAGAAGAGUGGAGAUCUUAAGGACUAUUACAAGAUAUUCAAAAAGGAGGAUUUGGUGUAAUCUUCCUUGACAGGCAAAUUCAUUGCCUUCAAAUCAGCAAUGAGAUAAAGAUAUUGAGAAUAAAAAUAAUUGAAAGAAAAAUGACCUGGACAAGUUAAGUAGAGGGGCUACCAGCAACAUCAACUUUCCAUUGACAGCUUCUGAUCUGAUGAAAUCUAUAACAUUAUAUGGAGAGCAAAAUACUGAACAAGUAGAUUUGAAAGAAGUACAGUAUGUAAAAUUUCACAAAAUAUUUUAGUAUUAGUCAUAAUUUUGUAAUUUUAAGUUGAAGGAUGUAUGCUGUGCAUACCUCAAUACUUCAGCUGUUUCAUACCAUCAAAAACUUACUACUUUCAUACCUGUCAAAUCAGGUGACACAUAAUGAUGAGUGUCGAAGGCACGAACUGUGGCUCGGGGGCUGCCAAGGGCUUUCGGUCGCUUUGGCUUAAAUGGCAUAUCUAAUCGAUAUUAGUAAGUUUAUAAUGAUCUCAGAUACAUUAGUUACUGAAAGUUAGUUUAAGAUAAUAAAAGGCAUCUUCCCUUCUUAUGAAAGUUCAUAACAAAUUGCAAAAGAAAAAAAAAUUACUCAAAUUUUAGGAUAAGCUUAAGUUUUGCCAGUGUUUGCGUAAGAUUUGAUUGGAAUUCUUAAGACUUACGGCGAAUGCAUAUGGGUUGAUGGGUCUGAACUUUUAUACUACAUAACUGUACCUGCUAAAUUAUUUUUUUUUUGUUUUCAAGGAACUUUGUGCUUAUAUGUGGUAGGCAGUAUUACAGUUUACUAUUAGCUGAACACGCCACAUGGAAUGGGAAUUUCGUGAUAUACAGUAAUAUAUGAGAAUAAAAUACUCUGUAUCUGAAUGUUUUUUCAAGUUUUAUUAAAUUAAUACCAGAACAUGUAA